AUGGAAGAGCUCAAUUUCUCUUUCUUUGUUUUGGGGCCUAAUUUUUAUGUAAGUUACAGCAUCUCCACCUCUUCCACGCGGCGUGGUCUCUUCGUGCGUCGAAGCUUUUUUCCUUCUUUCUUCUUCUUUUUCUCCUUUUUAUUUUCUUCGUAUUUUACCUUUUCUUUUUCUUUUUCGUGUUGCUCUUCUUUUUUCUUCUUUUUUCUCUUUUCUUCUUUUUUCUUUUACUGCUUCUUUUCUUCUUUUCAUCCUUUUUUUCUUCGUCUUUUUCUUCUUCUUUUUCUUGUUCUUCUUAUUUUUUUCUUUUUUCUUUUUCUUCUCAUUGUUAUUCUUCUUUUCCUUCUUUUUUCUUUUUCUUCUUUUUCUUUUACUGCUUCUUUUUCUUCUUUUCUCCUUUUUCUUUUUUUCUUUUUCUUCUUCUUUUUAUUCGUCUUUUUCUUCCUCUUUUUCUUGCUCCUCUUUUUUCUUCUUUUCCUUUUCUUCUUUGUUCUUUUUCUUCAUCUUUUUCUUCUACAUUUUCUUGAUCCACUUCCUUUUCUUCUUACCUUCUUUUUCAUCUUUUCCUUUUUUCUUCUUUUUCUUUUACAGCUUCUUUUUUCUUCUUUUUCUUCAUCUUUUUAUUCUUUUUCUUGUUCCUCUUCUUUUUCUUCUUUUAUUUUUCUUUUUUUUCUUUUUCUUUUUUCUUUUUCUUUUUUCUUCUUUUUCUUGAUCUUUUUCUUUUUCUUGUUCCUCUUCUUUUUCUUCUUUUCUUUUUCUUUUUUUCUUUUUCUUUUUUCUUCUUUUUCUUCGUCUUUUUCUUCGACUUUUUCUUGUUCCUCUUCUUUUCUUUUUCUUUUUUUCUUUUUCUUUUUUCUUCUUUUUCUGCGUCUUUUUCUUCGACUUUUUCUUGUUCCUCUUCUUUUCUUUUUCUUUUUUUCUUUUUCUUUUUUCUUCUUUUUCUUCGUCUUUUUCUUCGACUUUUUCUUGUUCCUCUUCUUUUCUUUUUCUUUUUUUCUUUUUCUUUUUUCUUCUUUUUCUUCGUCUUUUCUUCGACUUUUUUGUUCCUCUUCUUUUCUUUUUCUUUUUUCUUUUUUUUUUCUUCUUUUCUGCGUCUUUUUCUUCGACUUUUCUUGUUCCUCUUCUUUUCUUUUUUUUUUUUUUUCUUUUUCUUCUUUUCUUCGUCUUUUUCUUCGACUUUUUCUUGUUCCUCUUCUUUUCUUUUUUUUUUUUUUUCUUUUUCUUCUUUUUCUUCGUCUUUUUUCUUCGACUUUUUCUUGUUCCUCUUCUUUUUUUUUUUUUUUUCUUUUUUUUUCUUCUUUUUUCGUCUUUUCUUCGACUUUUCUUGUUCCUCUUCUUUUCUUUUUUUUUUUUUUUUUUUUUUUUCUUUUUUUUUUCUUCGUCUUUUCUUCGACUUUUCUUUUCCUCUUCUUUUCUUUUUUUUUUUUUUCUUUUCUUUUUUUUUUUCUUCGUCUUUUUCUUCGACUUUUUUCUUGUUCCUCUUUUUCUUUUCUUUUUUUUCUUUUUUUUUUCUUCUUUUCUUCGUCUUUUUCUUCGACUUUUUCUUGUUCCUCUUCUUUUCUUUUUCUUUUUUCUUUUUCUUUUUUCUUCUUUUUCUUCGUCUUUUUCUUCGACUUUUUCUUGUUCCUCUUCUUUUUCUUCUUUUUUCUCUUUUUCUUCUUCUCAGUUUUUUCUUCCUUUCUCUUUCUCCUUUUUUACUUCACUUUCCUUUCUUAUUCAAUGAUUCUUUCUUCAUUUUCCUCCUCUUUUCGUUCCCCUUUCUUCUUCCCCUUCUCCUACAUUGGAUCUCCUUUCCUUUUUCUCCUUCUUCCUUUCCGUCUUUUUACAUUUCAUCCUCUCUUCUCUUCUAUAAUGAGUCACUUUUACUUUUCCACCUCUUUCCGUUUCGAUUUUUAUCCUUCUUGUUUUCCUUCAACGACUUUAUUCCUUGUCCGUCUCUUUCUUUUUCCUAUUCUUCUUCCCUUUCGCUUUCAUUCAUUUUCUCUUCCUUUUCUUCCAGUUUUCCCUUGGUCCUAUUCCUUAUUUUUCUUCUCUUUUUUUUCCUAUAAUGAUUCUCUCUUCUUUCUCACCUCUCUUUCCUUUUCUCGCUUUUCUACUUUUUCUCUUUCUCCUACAAUGUCUCUCUUCCUUCUGUUUCCUAUUCCUCCUGUAUAG